UUUUUUUUUGUUAUUCAGUCUUCCUUUGAGAUAAAUCUUGAUCGCGUUUGUAUAAAGGCAGCUCAAUGCCUCGUGCUCCAUCCACUCUAAAACGUUUUAUCCCGAGAAACUUUUUGUUCGUUUCUUCUUCUUCCAUCCGAGAAAAAUCUCGGACAAAAAAAAAUUCCUCUGCUCAUUCAUUUUGUAUAGAGGAAAUAGCAUUCUAAAGACGAAACUAGUCUCCAGCUUUUGAUUUUUUGCUCUGUUUCUGUCUUUUGUAUUUUUUUCGUUUUGGCUGAAGAAGAAACUCAGGAGUCCAUAUUUAUAUACAAAAUGGGAGUGAAAGUAGCAACAACCUCAACCUUUCAUCAAUGGGUAGCUCAUCCCAUUGUUCAUCAUUCCUCUUCCCUUUCUCAAACCCUAGCUUCCUCCUCCUCCUCUGCCGUUUCAAGACGACGCAGCAUCGCAAACGACGGACGCUCUCUCUCCUGUCGUUCCGUGAUGCAUCCUUCUUCUUCUUCUUCUUCUUCUCCUCUCUUCUUCGGCACUCCUUCAACGACUAAUAAAACUCAGUUGAUCCGCAGAGGUUUUAGCGCAAACGUCGAUCCGUUUUCUGAGGAGGAGUUUUCGAAGAAGAUGCAAGAGCUUGCUCUUAAAUUCCAAGUCUCUAACGAGGAGGAUGACAACAACGAAUCACAUAAUAGUUCGAGCAUUGACAUCCUAGGGAGCCAUGAUCAUUUCAGAUCAUCAGAUUCAAUGGAACAACCAUGGCCAGAGAUGGUGCAAAUGUCAAGCAUCGAGAGGAAAGCAAACAGCGUUGAGCUUCCUCUUUCGCUUAGGAUCAUUAAGAGAAAGCUACAGAUGGAAGAAGGACUUAUCAAACAAGUCGGCGACUCAGCUUGUUGCUCUGUCAAGAAAGCUUUCUCUUCCAUGGUGUUUAUGAUUAGAGAGCUUCAGAGCUUCACGUUACACAUGAGAGAGCUUCUUCUCUUUGAGGAUUUACAAGGGAUCCUCCAACGUGUGAGAAAAGAGAUGCAAGCAUCUUUCGUUUGGUUGUUUCAACAAGUCUUCUCUGCUACUCCUACUCUGAUGGUCUCUGUUAUGAUCCUUCUCGCCAAUUUCACGGUUUAUUCUAUUGAGAGCAACUCUGCUUUAGCCGCAUCGGUUAGUCCUCCGAUGACCACCGUCUCUUUUAGCUUCGAGACGACGGAGGUUGGUGAGAUUCAGGAGACAAACCAGCACAAGUUUGAUUCUUCCAUGGUGAAAACAUUCUCUGUUUCUUCCCCCUACGGGAAAACAUCUUUUGUCGGUGGCGGCGGUGGGAACAACAUACCACCGCCGGUACAAAGCGGAACAGAGGGGGAUGGAUCUGAUCAAUUCAAGGAGUCUCAGUUUUCAUCUUCAUCUCUCGGUGCAACGAGUGCGGAUUCGGAUGUAUCUGUGUCAGGGCAAGAAGAGAUUAAACUGUGGAAUUCGAUCUUGGAGGAAACGGAGAAAAUGGAAACGUUGGAUCACGAGACGAUGAAAGGGAUGGUUUCUCCCGUGGAGGCUCGAUUAGAAGCAGAGGAGUCCAUGGAUUCCUUCAAGACGGAGCUUCUUUACCAAACAGGGUUGUCUCAAGAGCCUGAAAACGUGCUACUUCUUGCUAAUUACGCACAGUUUCUCUACUUAAUCAUCCAUGACUACGACAGAGCGGAAAAAUAUUUCAAGAGAGCAGCAAAAGCAGAGCCAGCAGACGCGGAGGCGCUGAACAAAUAUGCGACGUUUCUGUGGAGAGCAAGGAACGAUAUUUGGAGAGCAGAGGAAACGUACUUAGAAGCAAUCUCCGCCGAUCCAACCAACUCUGUCUACUCCGCCAAUUAUGCUCAUUUCCUUUGGAACACCGGUGGUGAUGAAACGUGUUUCCCUCUUGACGCUCCACCGCAACAGAACACCACAUGAAAACUGAGUCACACAACAAUUUGUGUAAUGUACAGUGUUUUUUUUUUUUUUGCCUAUACAAACUCAUGUCAUGUGGCAUUAUGGCAACUUUUUUGUUUUGUAAACAAAAAACUUUUGUUUAUAUAACGCGUACAUAUUUCGAGUUGUUGACUUUA